UUCUCCAUUGGAGUUUUUUAUUCAGUCGGGAGUUGGUGUCGAUCGAUAAUUUCUGAUGUAGUGUGAUGUGAUGCCAUCAUAUUCUUCUAUACAAAGUGAAUGCAAAUAUGCUGCAGUCGAACAAACCGAAUUUGACUUCAUUUCACAUGUCUUACAUAUGAAUAACUGAAUAAUACAAAUUAAUUGAGUCAAUCGAUUAAACAUCGAAAAGUAGCAAUGUCUGAUGUUGAGCUCCUUUCAGAUUUUUACGAGGACAGGAAUGGUUCCCCGAGUAGUGAUCGGACAGAUAUGGCACAAUGCGAAGACACAAACGUUGUUUAUCAUGAAAUGAAUGAUCUGGACUCAGAUGGAGCACAGGAUACUUCAUCUACUGCAGGACUAGAUGAAAUAGAGAGAAAUGUUGGGUUUUGGAAACAGCCACGAAAAUAUGGACCUUGUAGUUGCUGUCACCGAUAUUGUAGAUGGCUGCAUUGCAGAAAGUUCACAGGACGUGAAUUAUUUCUCUUAUGCUUGACCACUUUAUUUGGGAUCAUCCUUGCAAUUUUUGUGUCUGUAACAUGGCAAGCAGGACCAAUAGCUGCCAUUCCAAGCAGAUGGACAUGCAAUAUCACCACUUUGCAGUCAGAUUGUGAUAUUGCUCCAUAUUGUGUAUGGAAGAAUGGGACAUGUGAAGACUUGAGCCCUAAGAUUAGUGAACCACCAACAUGCACAACAAGAGCUUGUGUUGAAGUUGCAAGUAUGCUUGCAAGUUCUAUGGAUGAAACUGUUAAUCCGUGUGAUGAUUUUUACGAAUUUUCUUGUGGUGGUUGGGAAAAGAAAAAUCCUCUUCCAUCAGGACAUGCAUACUGGGACACUUUCAGUAUUCAAAAGAAAAGCAUACAAAUGGAUCUUAAAAAUUUAUUGGAAGAAGAAAUCAAAAACAACACUAAGGAUUCUGCAGAACGGAAAGCCAAAAUUUUCUAUAAAACCUGUUUGAAUUUAACUGCAAUCAAUGAUUAUGGUAUUGAACCGCUUUUGAAGCUUGUUAAAGAGAUUGGUGGUUGGAGUGUGUUUGGUGAAUGGGACAAUACGACAUUCGACCUUAACGCUGUACGAAGAAAAUUAGAACCUUUUGGACUAUCUAACUUCUUCUCUGUCGGCGUCGACACAGACUUGAAACAUGUUGAUAAGAAUAUACUUCAAGUUGACAAUGGACAUCUAAGUCUCAGUAAAAGAAAAUUUUAUGUAAACAAGACCCUUGAUGACAAGAUCUUGAAAGCUUAUCAUGAGUUUAUGGUCGACGUUACUGUACUUCUUGGUGCUGAUAAAAAUAAAACAUCUCAAGCAAUGACGAAUAUAAUUUUAUUUGAGCAAAAACUUGCGAAUAUUCAAAUGCCGGCUGAAAAAGCAAGACAGCGGGAUCGUUACUAUAAAUAUAUGACAAUAAGUCAAUUGCAGGAGAUGACUCCCAUAAUAGAUUGGAUGGAAUAUAUCGGCACAGCUUUCAAAAAUGUUCUGCCCGAUGAAAAACUAAAACCGACUGAAAAAAUUGCAACAUCUUCCGAAGAAUAUCUACAAAAAUUGACAGAUGUCAUAAAAACUACUUCGAACGAGACUCUCAAUAAUUUUAUGAUAUGGCAUCUUGUGUCGACGUUUACUGGACCACUUGGACAAGAUUUCAUUGAUGCCAGAACUAAAAUGAACAAAGCAAUAUAUGGAUCUGAUUCAUCUUGCAAUGAAAGAUGGAGAAGUUGCGUGAGUACAGUCGAUACGUCAUUAGGACUCGCACUCGGAAAAUUAUUUAUUACUAGUAGUUUCGACCACAAGAGCAAGGACAGAGCGGAACUGAUGGUCACAGAAAUAAAAAAUGCAUUCAAGCGGAACUUGCCAAAAACUAGUUGGGUAGACAAAGAAACAGAAGCGAAAGCAAUUAAAAAAGUUGACGCUGUCAGAGAUAUGAUUGGAUUUCCAGAUUACAUUCUUAACGAGACAAGAGUCAAUAGCGAGUAUAUGGAUUUUGAUUUCACUGAAAAAACGUCGUAUUUUGAUGUGAUAUAUAAAUAUUAUUUAUUUAUUCGGAGGGAAGAACUUAAAAUGUUGAGGAAAAAAGUCGACAAAGAUGACUGGGAAAUGACCCCUCCGACCUUGAACGCUUAUUACUCACCAACUGAAAACACAAUAGUGUUCCCAGCUGGAAUACUCCAACCUCCGGCGUACAGCAGUAGCUAUCCACAAUCAAUUAAUUUUGGCGGAAUUGGAUUGGUUGUUGGGCAUGAAUUAACACACGGCUUUGAUGAUCAAGGAAGAAAAUUCGGUCUCGAUGGCAAUCUUAAUAACUGGUGGAAGAAUGAAACUGCUGAAAAGUUCAAGAAAAAGGCUGAAUGCAUGAUCGAGCAAUAUUCUAACUACAAGAUAGGGGGUCGGAACAUUAACGGAAACAUUACUGUCGGAGAGAACAUUGCGGACAAUGGUGGAUUGAGACUUGCAUAUGAUGCGUAUAUGCAUUGGAGAGAAAAUGGGGACGCUGAUUUAGAAGACCCAUUAUUGCCGUCGUUGAAUUAUACAAGAGAUCAAUUGUUUUUUAUCGGCUUCGCACAGCUUUGGUGCUCUGUUAGUACUCCUGAAUACAUGAAGAAAAGUGUUUUAGUCAGCGUGCAUUCUCCUAGUAAAAUCAGAGUGCUAGGUACGGCAUCGAAUUCGAAAGAAUUUGCCAAAGCGUUCCAAUGUCCCAUCGGCAGUCCAAUGAAUCCAGAAAACAAAUGUAGUGUUUGGUAAGAGCACUACUCCUAAUGGUAAUUCAUAUACUUUGUAACAAGAAUUCAGUUACUUGUACUAUUUUGAAUCAUAUAAUAAUUCCGUAUAGAUAUAUGAAGCGUCUGUGGUGUUGAUGGUACUAAAUACACAUCUUUUUCAAGUUUUAGCAUUAAGAUUUACCUUCUUUGAAGUUUGUAUUGCAUUUCUCUUUCUUUCUUUCAUUUACCUAAUUCUAGUUUUUAUUGGCAUAUAACAAUUUUAUACACAAAGCUGGCAUGUCAAUUUCAAGUAUACUGCACGUUUAGAGCAAUGUAAGACUCUAUAUUGUAAUCAUGGGUAAAUUAGCUCGUUCAGAUCAUUCAAAAAGUUUUUUUUUGGAAAAUAUUAUAUGAAAUUUGCUAUCGCUGUGGGAAAAUCAUGAAUUAUGUUUAAUUUUACGAUAUAUGUAAUAAUAUUUGAUUCAAGAGUCGUGCUGCACACUCACACGAAUAUAUUUCUGUAACGUUUCGUCUGACCAAAGUCAGAAAUACAUUUGCAAUAUUGUGCAGCAAGACUCUUGAAUCAAUCAGAAUAGUUAUUUUUAUUCCUGCAUCCUUGCUUUAUACACAUCCACUUGUUAUUUAGUCUUGUGUAACCCCCAUCUGAUAAAUACAUUAUAACUUCGCUAAAAAA